AUGUAUACUCAAAAUAACAACUCUUAUUAUGAAGAUUCCACUGAUUUUAUCAACCCAAAUUAUCCUUCCAGUUUAUCACCUCUAUUAGUCCAGUCUCUUGCAGGCGAUUUCAACUCAAUUAACGAAGCGUUCAUCCUAGCAAAUGCCAAUGGGAAUACAAGUACCGGGAGUGCGUGCACUAGUAGUAGCUACAUAGCCUCACCAAGUUCACCUCUAAGCUGUACUAGUAGUCACCCACCAAAUACUACUACUUCCACUAAUUUUAUGCAGCGCAGCCUCAGUAGCCACUCCCUUCAUAGAAACGGGUUUCAUCUGCCCAUUUCACCCCCCACUGGACUUCAUGACCUGGAUAUCGGCCCAGUGAGACGGGUCUUUAGUACAGGUGAUUUGGAUCAGGGAAUCAGAACAUUACGCCACCACCAUCAGCAUCCGGUAGGAAGUCCAUUGGCAAAUGAAAGUACGAGCAUUAUUAUUGAAGGUAUGGCAAAGGCAGUUCGCUACAGUCCUGAAGAGAAAAAAGAGAGAAUUGAGAGAUAUCGUAGCAAGAGAAACCAGAGGAACUUCAACAAAAAAAUUCAGUACGCAUGCAGGAAGACAUUAGCUGACAGCAGGCCAAGAAUCAGGGGUCGAUUUGCAAGGAAUGAUGAAAUCGAACACCCGACUAACUUCCCAGACUUACAAUGGAAUCAAAUGACAGGUGAAGAAGACGAUGAGGAUGAAGGGCAGUGGAUUCAUCUCCUGAACUCCAUUUCAUCCAAUUUGGUUCCUUAAAGAACAUCCACGAGCAGUUACAAUGCCAUAAAGGAAAAAGAUUAAAAAAAAAGGCUUAUUAAUUCACCUUAUGCUUUGUAUGGAGUAGUAGUUAAGUGUCAAACAUUGUUUUUAAAUUUGCAGCAAUCCUAGGAGUUCAUCAUAUCAUGUAUAUAAUUUCAUUAGGUGAAACCGUGAAAGUGUCCUAUGUAAACUGAUCAUAGAAUUAGAAUUAUUAAGCAUUCAAAAUAGUUUGCAUAGUAAUUUGCAUGAGAUGGUCAUGCAUGUAAAGAUGCCAGUGUACACUAUCUUGAAUGCCCAAAUCAAUUCAAAAAUUGUUCGUGGAUUCAGGAUUCCUAUCACUAUUUCCAUGCCAUUUUCUU